CCCCUCCCCGGCCCAGCCAGAGAUGGCCAAAUCGCCCGUCCCUUUUCUGAAAAAUGUGCUCCUGAACAAACGUUGGCCUCCACUGGCCGAGAAACACUCCAUGCCCUACCGCCUGACCGUCCUGUCGCGAGGCAAGAUCACCCACGAGGCCCGGUCGGCGGACCCGGACCUGCGCCGCUGUCUGGGCCACCUGCACAUCCAUCGCCGGUCGAUGGAAUGGGCCGAUGAGGAUGUGCGUCAGCGACUGAGUGCUAUCGAGCUUGACUCCGAGGAGGAGCUUGAGGGUACGCGGCCUGUCGAUCCGGAGAUGGAGCAGCGUUUGCUCCGAUUUCAGCAGCGAGGAGGAACACCAGCAGGAGGAGUCCGCCGACAGCAUCACCGCCAUCACCACAAUAACAACACUGGCCGUUUAGACGCACCCCCGGCGCCCGGCAGACUACACAUUCCUUUACCAAUACCAUCCGUGACGUUUAAGCCGGCGAAUCACAAUCAUGAAGAUACCACCUCAGUCGGCAGCCUCUCCGAAGGGUCCUCGGAUAAGAUUGACUUGCUGCUCUCCCGAAGCAAGCGGUGCGUCGAGCGGAUUAUUCCUCGACGACGCAAGCUGGCUCCGUUAGGACAGCGUUUUUGGGCCAACCCGGGAUAACAGGAAGUCUUCUCCUGGAGACAACAUAUAACUAUAUAUAUCUACCUCGGAACUACGACCUAUACCGACUAAAGCGUUUCUCACUAGUCGCUUCUCGCUCCU